CAGACAAAACACAACCAGCCCUGAGGUGUCACACUUUCUCCUGACGUCUACAACCACAAAGACACUUGAAACCAGAGCAGCUUGUUCAAGGACACUGUUAUCAGCUUUUUGGGGAUUUUUGGGGAGGUUGAACAAAAAAAACCCUGAGUUUAAUCAAGGAGAGGCUUUGACUGGAGCAACUGCUGGGAAUUUUUUAAAAGAAAAAGUAAAUAAAACAGUUUUUUUGGGACGACAUGGCACUACGGCAGAACUCAGACAAGGAGCCGAUCAUUGAGUUGUUCAUUAAGGCUGGUCAUGAUGGCGAGAACGUGGGGAACUGCCCGUUCUGCCAGAGGCUCUUCAUGGUGCUGUGGCUGAAAGGAGUCAAGUUUACGGUGACCACUGUCGACAUGAGGAAGAAGCCAGCAGAGCUCAAGGACCUGGCUCCAGGGACUAAUCCUCCUUUCCUCCUUUACAACGGCACCCUCAAAACAGACUUCAUCAAAAUCGAGGAGUUUCUUGAACAAACAAUAGCCCCUCCCAGGUAUCCUCAUCUCAGCCCACUAAACAAAGAGUCCUUUGACGUGGGUGCUGACAUUUUUGCAAAGUUCUCUGCUUUCAUCAAGAACAGUCCAAACAAUGCCUUUCAUGAGAAAAACCUCCUGCGGGAGUUCAAGCGUCUGGAUGACUACCUGAACUCUCCCCUCCCCGAGGAGAUCGACCACAACUCCAGAGAAACCAUUGGCAUCUCCAAGAGGAGGUUUCUGGACGGUGACCGCCUCACUUUAGCCGACUGCAACCUGCUGCCCAAACUGCAUGUUAUUCGGAUUGCUGCCAAGAAGUACUGCGACUUCGACAUCCCAGCCCAGUUCACAGGCGUAUGGCGAUACCUUCAAAACGCCAACGAGAGAGAGGAGUUCAAACAAACAUGUCCGGCCGACAUUGAAAUUGAGAAGGCCUACUUUACUGUGGCCAGCAAAGGAAAAUAAACCUUUUAUCAUCUGUUAUUCAUGUCCUAACAUAUCCAUGCUUGUCCUGAUCUGUAGAGGGCACUGCAACCUACAAAAAUAAACUGUGGCAAGAACUCUGUAGAAAAAAAUCAGUCACUAUCACAAAUUAAAAUAUCUGAUCUGUUGUUGCAGCAGGACUUUGGGUCAUGCUAAAGCAAAAUGUUUUAAUUGGUUGUAUGUUUUGACUGUUUUUCCAAAGUCGCUCACAAAAAAAAUAAUAUAUUUAUGCCACAAUGAAGAGACCAAACGUGCAAUUGACUGAUGAUAUAAUUUAGCACAUCAUCUUUUUUGUUCAUAGUGUAAAUAUAUAUAUUUUUAAUGCUUUUUAUGAUCAAAACACCCUUAUUGAAAUAUGCAUGAUUGUGUUAGUGUGAGCAUAACAGCUGAAGAAACCUUCACAAACUGUUCAUUUUUAUGCAAAAUAUGGAAAUACACUUCUGUAUCUCACUCUGUACGAAUACAGUUUGAUAUA